GCCUACCUAUAAUUAAUUGAAAUAACAUUUCGGGUAUUGGGUUGUUCCUUGUUGGAAGUUGGAAGGGUGAUCACGCAAAAACAAAAUAGAGUUGGAAACCGAAGCAAGGAAAAUAGGCGAGAAAGGAGAAUGUGGAGCAAAGCCAAAGGCAGUCAUCACGGCGGAGGUGUUGGUGGUGUUGUCGGGAGAAAUGCAAGUGGAAGGCUCGCAAUUGCGGAAGUUAUUAUCAGAGGAAUGGCUUCGUAUACGUCGUCGUCGCCAUUAUUGUCAUCGUCUUCUUCAUCCACUGCAACUGCAUCUGCAUCUGCAUCAUCCAAUCAGAAGAACAUCGUUGAGAUUGAUAACGAUAAUGAUAGCGAAAUAGGAAAGCCAGUGAACCUCUUCUCUGCCAUCAAUCAGGCUCUUCAUAUCGCUCUGGACUCUGAUCCUCGUUAUUCCUGCUUUGACAGUGCUUAUGUUUUCGGAGAAGAUGUUAGUUUUGGCGGGGUUUUUCGCUGCACUAUUGGAUUGGCUGAACGAUUUGGUGCUAACAGGAUUUUCAACACCCCUCUUUGUGAACAGGGCAUUGUUGGAUUUGGCAUCGGUCUCGCCGCAAUGGGUAACCGAGCUAUUGCUGAAAUUCAGUUCGCAGAUUAUAUUUAUCCUGCUUUUGAUCAGAUUGUCAAUGAAGCUGCUAAGUUCAGGUAUCGAAGUGGCAACCAAUUUAAUUGUGGAGGCUUAACAAUAAGGGCCCCUUAUGGGGCUGUUGGACAUGGUGGCCAUUACCAUUCACAAUCUCCUGAAGCUUUCUUUUGCCAUGUUCCUGGUAUUAAAGUGGUUAUACCUCGUAGCCCACAACAAGCAAAGGGGUUGCUCUUGUCAUGCAUACGCGAUCCAAAUCCUGUUAUCUUCUUUGAACCUAAGUCUCUCUACCGUGUCGCUGUGGAGAGGGUUCCCGAGAGUGAUUUCAUGUUGCCUUUGUCAAAAGCAGAGGUUAUGAGAGAAGGAAGUGACAUUACACUUGUGGGUUGGGGAGCCCAACUAGCUGUCAUGGAAGCAGCCUGUACUGAGGCUGAAAAGGAAGGAAUUUCAUGUGAGCUUAUAGACCUGAGAACACUCAUACCUUGGGACAAGGAAACUGUAGAAGCUUCUGUCAAAAAGACUGGAAGAUUACUUAUUAGUCACGAAGCUCCCGUGACAGCAGGUUUUGGUGCUGAAAUUGCUGCAUCUAUUGUUGAACGUUGCUUCUUGAGGUUAGAAGCUCCUAUUGCUCGAAUUUGCGGCUUUGACACACCUUUUCCACUUGUAUUUGAACCAUUCUACCUGCCUACGAAGAAUAAGGCAAUGGAUGCAAUCAAGUCUACUGUGAAAUACUAAGUUUAUACAGGGAUCUUCUGAAGGCCAAUACCUCUCCGAAUUCUGAAGGCCUAACUAUGUUGUAUCAUGUAUUUAAGGAGUUAACUUCCAGGUGAUAUAUGAGUUUCUUAGAAAUAUACAGGUAUUGUUGUAAUAUAACAAGAUGUAGAACUUCUGUACAGCUGCUGAAUUUGUUAAUAAUAAGUGGUUAAAUUGUCUGUCAACUUCUCUUUCUGUUUGUCUGAUGUACAAAUCUCAAUCAAUGUGAGAUGUACAAUAUACCUAAUUACUAAUGUAACCGCGUCUACAUUGACAAAUUUGUACAUUAUUUACAAAGGCUUAUAUGCUCAUUAUUUACACAGGAA